AUCCUCUUUGUGUUCAGAUUUUUUGUCAGGGACGCCCUUGUUUCCGCACCAUGUAUAAAAUAGCCACCACCUUAGAGCCUUCUAAAUACAUAUGCUAGAUACGGGAAUAGCAAUGAAGGUGGCGACUUCUGGCUUCCUCCUAUGGCUACUUCUAACAUCCUGUGGGCUGGUGUUGCAUGUGCUUGGAGUUGGAGUUGGACUUGGAGCAGAUGAAUGUUGGGUUCUAAGUCGUGACUACUACUACUAUUGCAUGAGGACUGCCAAAUGUAGGAGAGCUUGCAUGGAGCACCACUACGUUAACGGGCGAUGCUGGUGGGCAUUUCCUUAUUUGUUGCCCUUGUGCGAGUGCUUGCGCCCAAAAUGCGCUCCUACGAGAGCACUCGAUCCUUGAUAGUAAUCCCCGGAUGUGUGUCCGAGCAUGUUGCAUUGGUUGUACACUCAUCUGGUUAUUAGCAACUAGAAAGUGACUCACGCAAACUGUGAGGGUUUUCAUAAUAAAAUAGUACUAAAUAUAUGUUUAUCUUUAACACGUCUUAUAAUUAGAUGAGCAAA